CUCUCCCCUUGCACGGCUCUAGCUGCCUGCUCAAGAACCCUGGCUGUUAUGGUCAGUACAUUUAUCAGGUUUACGUAGCAUGUCUUUCGCACGACCAGAUAUGAACUUCCGAUCGUGGCGGAGGCUCUUCUAUCCAGUGAGGAUGGCCGUCAGAUCUUAUUCUCAACACCAAACAGGGAAGCAAUCACGACCAUCGCGAGCACUACCAAAUGGAACGUGGGACAGCCAUAUGCAUGUUGUUGACCCGAAGCGUUUUUCACUUGCUGCAGAUGCUAAAUACAAGCCCCAAGUCCACACAUUGGAAGAUGCAAGAGCAUUCUACUCUCAAUUUGGCAUUGAAAACAUGGUCCUAGUCCAGCCCUCAAUCUACGGCAAUGACAAUUCAUGCAUGCUUGAGGCAUUGCGUGAAUUGACGCCAAAUCACGGCCGGGCAGUAGUCGGCCUCGAUCCAACCAAUAUCGACCAGAAUAUUAUGCAGAAAUGGCACGCCCUGGGUGUCCGGGGAGCUCGCGUCAACCUGGUCUCUGUGGGAAGAGAAGUCACUGAGUCAGAGCUGCGAAGCGAGUUGCAAGCCUACGCUCGUGUCCUCAGGCCCUUCAAUUGGGUGCUGCAAUUGUACAUUCCCUUGAGGCUUGCAAUUCCACUUGAAAAGAUCGUCCCGGAUCUAGGGGUGAAAAUCUGUAUUGAUCAUUUCGGCUGGCCGUCUCUACCGGAGCCGUAUGAUCCGUCGCGAGCUGUUCCUCCCUACGCAUUACCUGGAUUUGAAUCUUUAGUCGCACUCCUGCAGAAGACUACUUGGAUCAAGCUGUCCGCGCCAUACAGGUUGUCGAAAGAUCCUGGUAUGCGAGAUCUGGACCCAAUCGGAAGGGAAUUGAUCAAGGAGGCUAAAAGCCGUGUCGUGUAUGGCACGGAUUGGCCUCAUACGAGGUUUGAUGACAUCGACUCCGUGCCAUUUAUUGAGAAGUGUUUUGAGUGGUGUGGAACGGAUACUGGACUAGUAGAAAAUCUUUUCAGAGAUAAUGCUGAAGAGCUUUGGGAUGCUCCAGCCUCCAGAUGAGCGUGGAAGGCUCCUUGCAUCGCUGUGAUUUUGCAGACAAGACAGGCCGUAUCUAUUCGCCACUGAGAGCUAUAGAACGUAUAGCUGUAAUCUGGGUUCCUGCCAAAGGGUUAUCGUGCAUGCAGGAUGACUUUCGGCAACUUGCAACACGGAACAAGAAUAGGAAGCAGAAAUUUGUCGAUAGAAUGCUCAAGCC